AUGAUUGGCAUCAGAUGUCGUCAGAUAUUCGCCACUUCUUCCAGUGGACUCCGUGCGUUCUCUUCGUCCCGCAGUUUCCUUCCUAAUGGCUUCAGAAGUCCACAAGCUGUAGCUGAUGCAGUUGCAGCUUCGAUAGCCGCUGAAAGCGACGUCGAGAGAGCUGCAAGACCAGCUAACGCGCGAGUGUCAUCUGAUUUGAACCAAAGUGUUAAAUUAGAACGACGCCGUUUAGAUGGAGACGUGAUUACUUCCAAGACUCUCACCGCACAGGAGCUCUUAUUUCCCGCAACGAAUUCUGAUUGGCAGAUUAUCAAACCGGACCACUUUGAGCGGGUCCAUAUUCCGGAAGACUGGGAUGCUGGACUUGAAGAGCUCCAGCAAACCAUUGGCGUCCAGUUCCAGCAACUGACGCUGCUAAAAAGUGCAUUGACACAUCAUGGAUGUCUGCCGAACUAUUCGCUGUCGGAAGAUGUGCCUGUGGUUCGACUCAGUAACCGCAGUUUGGAGUUUCUUGGGGACUCGCUCUUGGGGGCAGCAGCUGCGGGCUAUGUGUACCAGACACUACCGAAACAUCAGGAAGGGCAGCUCUCACGUGCCAAGUCGGCGAUUGUGAACAACGAUACGCUGUCGAAGAUCAGUGUAGAUUUGGGGAUCACCAAGCUUCUCCUAUGGCCUCCUGGGCUGAACGAGGCGAGCAGUGCAUCGUUGGUUGUCAAGGGUCGGGUCACUAUUGCUGCAGGCGCAGUCGAAGCGCUCAUUGCAGCUAUUUAUCUGGAUCAGGGUAUGGAGACAGCGCUGCACUUUGUGACGACGCACAUUCUCCCUCGCUCAGUUGAGUAUGCCACGCGCGACGUGAUUUGGGAACCCACUGUUGAGCUGCAGAACCUCUUGCAAGGGCACUACUAUGGACAUCCUGUUUACAAGUACCUGCCAGCCGCGGUGAAUGCCUCUGAGUACACGGCAGAGCUCUAUGUGAAAGGAAGGCCAGUAUGCAAGGGAACUGCACCAUCGUACAAGCUGGCGCGAACGCGUGCCGCAGAGGCUGCAUAUUGGCAUUUCGAGAAACUGCUAGGUCCAGCUCCAUAG